AUGCUCCGGAAUCUCACAAGUAGUGUACGUCAGCCUGGCAGUGGCCGGUCCGCAACGCCUACUUAUGUGCUUGUCUUACAGCCACGCACAGGUGUGCAGCGAAAACAGUCAGCACUUGAACGCUCUCUGAUUGGUGUAAGAUCAGUACCCAAAGCGUCCUUGUUCUUGGUCGUCCAUGGUUGCUUCGACCCACCUACACUUCGUAUGCGAGCUACCAUAGCACGCCUCGUCCUCAAACUCGGCCUCAUUUUCAUGCUUCGGUGUACCCACCCCUUCAGCGGAUAUGAGGAACGUGGGCGUUCCACGCCUGACUCCACUUCACUGCACACCUCGACCCGCUUUCUCGAUUGGGACAGACAGGUGACAUUCGAGGCGAUGGUUGCUUCCCCCCCUAGCGGCCCUUUCCCCGUCUGGUUCCAGACGAAGUCUCAAUGCGCGAGCUCCGUUAGCUGUGCUCUUGAGUCUUGUGCUUGCUUUUGUCGCCUCCUGCCACGACUGACAGCGGACAAGGGCCGCCAGCGGUGA